AUGCCUAAGUAUCUUCAGAUCCUUGAAAAGGAAUUUCGUGCUGAUGUGACUGACAUGACGGACCAGAGAAGCAUAGAAAUAUCCGAACUUCUGAGUCAGCAGACCGUGAGCGGCUUUCAUCCUUGGGUCGAAGGCGUUCCACAACACAGGGAUUUGAUAUCUUGUUCCAAACAACGAAUGCGGCCACUUCGUUUUCCUUCCUAUCCUCAAAGACGCCUGAGGAACCGAACCAAAAGAAUUUUCAAACCCAAAAGCAACCCUCCCGACUGCUCUGGAAAUUUUUCGUCGGCACCCAAUGUCUGGGCCCCUGAGCUGCAAAAGACUGGCACGGAUGAUCCCUGGAAAACGGGACAAACGCUAAGAGGAUGCACGUUGUUCAUUCAGACCAACUGGUCAGACCGGUCUCUACCACGGAUGGAAAAUCAGAACCCUGCAUAUCGACACGGAGAAACUGCGAUGCCGCGUGGCAUGUACACGGCCGAUACAGACUUCUGGGCCUCUACGGUCCAGUCGAACACCGUUGCCAUUGAUAGAACACACACCUAUUGUCGCCCUGCCAAUAGCCCGCCUUACAUUCCCGAACGGUCUGGAGAUACUUGA